UUGACAACACAAUAACUUUUAAAUUACUUUGAGUUUUUCGAUUCAUUUUGCUUAUGUUUGUCUCCACACCAAUACGUUGUUUUCGUUGUUUCACGGAGGAAAUUAACUAAAGAAAGGAGGAUAUAUAAAAACUAUCUAAUGGGCUACUGCUGCUGUCCACCACACGAGGUCCUCAUUUUCAAAACAAACAAAAUGGCGGCGCACGUGAGAUGGGGACUUCAGCAGUUGUUACGGGCAGGAAAAACGGCCGACUCUAGGUUUCCAGUCAAGACCAGAAGCUUAUACCACUCACGGUGCUCGACCCAGAUCUUCAGACAUGUUCAGCCUCGGCCAGGGACAGGAAUCAUUAACUUUUCAAUAAGGCACCUGUCCAUCCAGACUCAAGACACUCCAAACCCCAGGAGCAUAAAGUUUCUCCCUGGUAAACCUGUUCUGGGAAGUGGCACGCUUGACUUUCCCACUUCAAGCUCAGCUGAAUGUUCAUCUUUAGCCAGAGACCUGUUUGAAAUUGAAGGAGUAAAAAGUGUGUUCUAUGGCCCUGACUUCAUCACAGUCACUAAAACAGAUGAGGAUGUGGAAUGGACAGACAUUAAGCGUAAUGCUUUGGAGGCCAUUGCCAAGUUCUUUGAGAGUGGUGACCCAAUAACAACAGGGGUAGUGCACCAUGAAAGUAGUGUAUCUGAAGAUGAUGAUGAAAUUGUAUCUAUGAUAAAGGAGCUUCUGGACACUAGAAUCAGACCUACAGUGCAGGAGGAUGGAGGUGAUGUCAUCUAUAAGGGGUUUCAGGAUGGCACAGUCAAGCUGAAACUGGUUGGUUCCUGCACAGGGUGUCCAAGUUCUACUGUUACCCUGAAGAAUGGCAUUCAGAACAUGCUGCAGUUUUAUAUCCCUGAAGUAGACAAUGUGGAACAGGUGGAAGAUGAGGUGGAUGAAAUCAAUGCAAAGGUUUUCUUAGAGCUGGAACGCAAAUUACAAGAAUAAUACAUGAUAUCCAUGAUAUUGCAUUGUGUAAAAACACAGUCAUGCAUACUUUCCACUAAUUAGUUACCAUUGUACAAUAAUAACAAUGAAAUAAGAAAUUAUUACCUGCUAUUUUGUGUGCAUGUUAUAUACUGUUAGAGUGACUGCUGUAUUCUACCAUGUCCUUACCAAGAAAAGGAGAUACAGGAAUAUACCUGUAUACAGAAAAUACCUUAAUUCUUCUGUAAAUGUGAUGUAUUUAUUUCUUAUAAAUAUUUAAUAUUUUUAAAGAAUACUUUCAUAGGUUGAAAAUAUUGUGAAUUGUUGACGAAAUUGUGAAUUGUUGACAAUUUACAUGGUCAAACAGAAUGAAGAUUUUAUGAGGUAUUUCGAUGGUUGUUAGGGUGCCAUAUACCUACUGAAACACAACUGACCAGUUUUUACUUGUAAACAUAUCUAUACAUUAAAUUAAAUGUUAUUUAGGCCCGAAUUUUUCAUUAAGUGGAAGGUUUGCUAUGUACCUAAGAGGUGGAUGCUAUGCAUGUGCUUUUUGUGCUCCAUUCUUCAGAUUUACCGAAUCACUGUAUUAAACAAAGUUAACAGUUUUAAAGCAAA